AAAAAUUUGCGAAACAGCUGGGAGUCAGCUAAAAAGUCAUUUCCGAUCGUUUGCGUAAAAUGGGAAAGAUUCAAAAGGAAGAAAAAUGGAUGCCGCAUGAAUUGAUUGAAGAGAGCAAAGUAUACCAGUACGAUACUGCACUAUCUUUGAUUCUGCUCUAGGAAAGAUGUGCUUUAUUAUCAGCUGCUGAACGGGUAAAAUAGUCACGGCGGACCGCUACUAUGCAGCUUAUCAAUUUGAACGAUGCAUUGAAAGAAGAAAAGUCAUUCACUGAACAAGAAGCCGCAACAUCCUGCUACAUGAUAACGCAUGGUCAUAUGUUGCUGAGGCAACGAAGCAGAUCAUCUUUGCGUUGGACUAGGAACUUCUCUCGCAUGUGGCGUAUUUACAAGGCAUCCGAUUACCGCCUAUUUCAGGCGAUACAGCAUCAUUUGGCUGAUACAUACUUCAGAACAGAAGAAGAAGUCCGAAAAAACAUCGAUAAUUUUAUUGCUUCGAAGCCGGCGAGUUUCUAUCAUCUAGAAAUUCGCAAACUGCUGGAAGGAUGGCAGAUGAUCAUCGAUAAUAAGUUUAUUCGUUGAACUCGGGAAAUAUUUCGA